AUGGGAUGUGGGCUAGCACUUUUGUUAAAGAGAGUGGAAGCAGCCUUAAGAGCUAAAGGAAUACCUUAUGAGUAUAUAGAAGAAGAUUCAAGCAACAAAAGCCAAGCCCUCAUGCAAUACAAUCCAGUUCACAAGAAGGUCCCUGUACUUGUUCACAAUGGAAAGCCAAUAGCAGAGUCAUCCAUCAUCUUAGAAUACAUUGACGAAACAUGGGAACAAGCUCCUCGCCUGUUGCCGGAUGAUACUUAUGAAAGAGCUAAAGUUCGUUUCUGGGCUAGUUUUAUCCAACAACAGUUGUUUGAGGGCGUAAGUCAGGUCAUCACAAGUGAUGGAGAAACACAAGAGAAAGCCAUGGGUGAGCUUCUUGAGAAGAUGAACAUAUUUGAUGAGGAAAUGAAGAAACUGUUUCCCAAUGGCGUUUCAGUUACUGAAGUCCAGAAUUUAGGACUCCUGGACAUUCUAGUGGUUGCAGCAUUCAGUCCCUACAAAGCCCAAGAGGAAGUCGCUGGUGUCAAAAUUUUAGACCCAGAAAAAAAUUCACUGAUAUUUUCGUGGGUUACAGCUUUGAACCAGUUGAGUAAAGUUCAAGAUUUGGUGCCUCCUCUUGAUGGGAUUGUAGGACCGCUUCAAUUUGUUAGAAAAACCACUCUUGGAUCUUCUGGUUAG